UAGCAGCUGCUCAUAAUUAGGGAGUAAUUUAUCUUGUAGGACAAUCAGAGAGACUUCAUUCUUUGAAUAGCAUUGGGUAUCUCCCGCGGGUAGCUUACUUUGCAGAAAGUGGGACGACACCAAACGAGACAAGUAACCACGAUUACGCAAGAGGGACGAAAAAUUAGAGGACGGAAGCCCCCGUUAUUCGCGCCCGAAGACCAUGGAUCAGGAAACAAAUUGCACCGUGUCCAAAAAAAACAUCAUAGCCAAGAUUUUUAAAGUUCGUAAGAGGAGGGAAAUGCUUUUCGUGCAGGUCUGUUUCAUCUGCAGUGUCCUCUUCAUGGCGUGGUGUAUGUCGGCACUACUGACAAAAACAGGACAUGGACUGACCAUGGACGUGGGGCCUAAUGCUCAGGCACAAUGGGGGCGGAGACUAAUGGCGACAGCAGGGGACAAUGAGACGGAAGAGGAGAAAAACUGCACAAAGCCAGCGAUUCACGAGUUCCCAGAAGAUCUGUUCACCAACAUGCAGCGCAGGCAAGGAGCAGUGCUGCUGCAUAUAGUAGCGACGCUCUAUAUGUUCCUGGCCCUCGCGAUUGUCUGUGAUGACUUUUUUGUGACGUCCCUAGAGAAGAUCUGUGAGAAACUACACCUGAGUGAAGAUGUUGCCGGGGCAACCUUCAUGGCAGCAGGAAGCUCCGCCCCUGAGCUCUUUGCCUCUAUAAUCGGUGUGUUCAUUACCCACGGCGAUGUGGGAGUGGGCACGAUUGUGGGCUCGGCAGUUUUCAACAUCCUGUGCAUCAUAGGCGUGUGUGGAAUCUUUGCUGGUCAGGUAGUGUAUCUGACACGGUGGGCGGUUUUCCGUGACUCUUUUUACUACAUCCUGUCAGUGGUGCUUCUGAUUGUGUUUAUCUAUGAUGAGAAGAUUGUGUGGUGGGAAAGCUUGGUGCUGGUGGUGAUGUACGCCGGAUACAUUCUGAUCAUGAAAUUUAACACAAGCAUGCAGAACUACUUCACAGGGAAAGAGGAUAAGGGCGUGGCCAAUGGUAACACAGUGGCCAAUGAGCUGGAAGAUGGUAAUGCAUGUUAUGACAAUAUUUGGGAUGACCCCUCAGUGCCAUUACUACACCCAGUGAAGCCCGAUAAGACGUCCAGACAGGGCUCUGUAGUCAUGGUGGACGAGAUGAUACGCUCCAGCUCUUCGAACUACCGCUUCCCCGAGGCCGGGCUCCGCGUCAUGAUCACCAACCACUUCGGCCCCAAAACCCGACUCCGAAUGGCCAGCCGCCUCAUCAUCAACGAGAGGUUGGUUCAAGCGUCCAACGGGGUGGAAAACACGGUGGUGGACGGGAAAGCUGACAACAUGGAGAAUGGAAACGUUCCAGAAGACAAGCAGGUAGAGGAGGAGAGUAGCAUAUCCUCUCCCUUCACUGUGCCAGGGGGCAUCCUCGACAAGGGCAAGUGGCUGGUUUCUUGGCCGUUGCUGCUGCUGCUCUACUUCACUGUGCCAAACUGCUCUAAGCCCCGCUGGGAACGGUGCUUCAUGCUGUCCUUCUUCCUCUCCACGCUUUGGAUUGCCGUCUUCUCCUACCUGAUGGUGUGGAUGGUGACGAUAAUUGGCUACACUCUGGGCAUCCCUGAUGUCAUCAUGGGCAUUACGUUUCUGGCAGCUGGCACCAGCGUCCCCGACUGCAUCGCCAGCCUCAUCGUCGCCCGGCAAGGUCUAGGGGACAUGGCAGUUUCCAACACCAUUGGCAGCAAUGUUUUUGACAUCCUGGUGGGCCUGGGCGUUCCAUGGGCAAUCCAGACCAUGGCUGUCGAUUUUGGCUCUGAGGUGGAGAUCAACAGUAAGGGGCUGGUGUACUCAGUGGUCCUGCUGCUGGGUUCUGUAGCUUUUACUGUCGUGGGGAUUCACGUGAACAGGUGGAAGCUGGACCUGAAGCUGGGGGUGUACGUGUUGAUCAUGUACGCAAUCUUCCUCUGCUUCUCCAUCAUGAUCGAAUACAACGUCUUCACCUUCGUCAACCUGCCCAUGUGCCAGGAGCUGCUGUAGGCCGGGCCACACCCCUCUCCCACUCCUCACCCCGCCUUCCCAUCACCGUUUUUCCUCUCUUUUCCCUUCUUUCAACCUCUGCUUUGGCCUCACUUUCAUCCCUCUCGAUUCCCACCCCAUAUCCCGUCUUUUCCAUUCUUGUCUGCACGUACUUUUGGUCCUGGGUGGAUGUCGGAAGCCUAGGGUUUCCCCUUUCCCUCAUCACAUCUCCACCUCCAGAGCACGUCAACCCUGCCAAGAGAACCCCUAAUAUCUCAGCUCAGGGGAGACAGCCAUCUCUCCAGAAGCUCAGCUUCUUCCCCCGAGACACCUUACAGUGGACAAAUUCCCUCUGAACUCUGAACCGCCGAUCUGCUAGUGUGCACCCUUGUCCCGCAUGUGCGUGUCCUAACAACAGGGUACUCUUUCUCUCCUCUCCACUGUAGGUCAUUGCACUCCAUUUUCUUUUUCUAGCACACUUUUUUAGAUGAUUGUAUUUUGGUCAGGCAGCUCGGUGCCAGCAUCAAACAUAUCUACUGCACAAAUGUAUUCUUUUUGUUAUUUAAUCAUUGUUUCGUUAUGUAUUUUUUUUAUUUAAAGAUAAACGAGCAAAGAAAAAACAUGUCAGGAGAACAUGUUGCACUUUAGAAAUGGGCUGUAAAAAAAAGAGAGAGAAAACGACUACAUUUUGUAAUGUCUUUUGGUUCGGGAAACAUUCCAGUCCUUCCGCGAGGGGUGCAAUAAGGAGAGGGCUGCGGCUGUUGGUGAUACCCUCUCUCAGGGUUGCUCCACCCUUCUCCUCCCUUAGGGAAAGAGGCACCCUUUCUGGCUGAGACAGCUGCACAAACGAUGCAUAACACCGAGAUGAUAUCUCAAGUUACAAAUUAUAUACGCGUGUGAGCUGCGUGAGUGCAAAUUUGCACACGUACUGUUAUGUCUGUGCGGUAAGUGUGUGUUUGUGCGCGAGUGCGUGUGUGUGUGUGGGAUGGAUUAAGUCCCCUUGUACAUUCAGAGCAGCAAGUUGUGCGUGCACUGAAGGAUAUGUCUGUUCCCUAUGCCGAGAGAAACUUUGGCGCCGGUGAUGAAGUACCGAUAGAGGACUGAAGUGCCACAUCUCAACAGACUUUCUAUUGCACCGUGUCAUGGGUUUUAAAAAUACCCAUGUCACAGACCUACUGUUAUGUCAUACCGGCUGGAUCCAUCCGCUCUGGUCAUGCUAGUCACUGAGUUACUGUUUGAAGCCCUGUGAACAUCUCUACUGAUUGACCGUCAUGACCCCAACUCCGAAAGGUGGCAGCAUGACAUUCAGGACUUGGGGAGUGACCAUGUUUCUACCUGGGAGAGAAGUCCAAGGGUCAAAUCUCAUUGGCUGUGCAGUGUCAUGAGUCCCUCGGGUCUUCCCGCUUCCCUGUUCAACACAUGAGCUCAGUCACCCAGCUUCACAUAUUGCAUAGCGAAAAUCAAUGGGUCUAAUCUCAUUGGCUCAGCAGUGUCACAAGAGUCACACUGGUCUUCCUGCUACCCUGUUCAUCACAUAUGAGUUUGGUCACCCUGGUUUGUGUAUUUCAUUACCAAAGUUGGUCCUUUUUACCACCCCUGGAGCUGUUAAAUGGGGGAUCUCAGGGCUUUAGUCAGGACAGGGCAGAAUGGUGUCCACCUUGGAAUGACUGAUCAGGGAUCUGUAAUCCAUCGCCUUCAGUCUUGGUAUCCAUCUGAGUAUGACUGAUUCGGGAACUGUAACCCAUGGCGUCUGGUGUAAAUAUGUUGAGUGUAAUGUUGGUGUACUUCAGCAUGGCUGAUAUAGUCCUAGACUUCAGGUGUCAAUAUGUUCUCAGUCACCCCCGUUGGGCCAUCUCUGAUAUACAUCCGUCCACAAUCAGUCAACCUUUACCUUGUGUGGGGAUCGCAGGGGUGUACUCAACAGCCCUUAUUUUUGGGGUUCCCUCACACAUCAGGCAAGAUGUACCCAUGGUUAUUAUUUUUUUUUUUUGCUGCUGCUCUGAAUGACAGAGAGGCCUGAAUGUAAAUAAGAGACUUCAACGAGCUGCACACCUCUCCUGUGGAAAACGACGUUUCCUUCUGGUCAGGCAGCGGGUGGCGCCACGUCUCCUGUUCACCCCCCCCCCCCCCCCCUCCCUGUCAGGCGCCAACCAAUCCGACCUCUCCCCCGGGCACUGCAAAAAAACUUUCACGGGUGCGUCGGCAGUGUACGAUGGGAAAUGCGCAAUCCCGUGGUCCGGGGCAUAUGCCGAAGCGCGGAGACGCUCCCGGGCAUUCGGAUUCGGACCCUGGGAGACGGUCCCCUGCUCACCUCACAACUCGGCAGCUAUUGGACCGUUUUAGUCGUUUAAUUUCAUACAGAAACGCACCUGUCUGGAGCAGAGUGUCAUAAUUAUGUCGGUGUCAUGUGGUGAACGUGGCUGUUGGUGUCAGUGUUAAAAAAUGUGAGUGUCGCUGUGUCACUGCUGAAAGGCAGGUGUUUGCAAUGUUCAUAUAUAUACAUAUAUAUAUAUGCAAUCUCAAUAGGAUAAGCCCUGGCGAUGGUUUCCUGUCAAAGGGUCAUAAUAUGCAUUCCCAGAAGCUGAUGCAAAUGCCCCCACCCCCAACCUGUUGUCAUCAAAGGGUUUUUCCUGACCACUGUAUUCACCUGUUUUCUUCCUCUGUCUCAGUUUUUCUAAAAUUGUAGGUUGGGGAUGCACGGGUAGUCUCUGAGAGGGAUUGGAAUGAUUCACAAAAUAACUAUGAAUAAAAUAACUGAAUGUCAUAUACUUUCAAUUUACAUUUAAAACUCCCAGUCCCAGAUAAAACACUGUUGCAUUCGCUCUACUAUUUACAGUGUAUAGGAAGUUGUUUUGCAUUUGCUAAAAAUAUUGUAAUUCCAAAUUUACGUUAACCUGCACAACAACUUACGAUUCUGGGCCCUGAACAUUUAUCGACCACUGCUGUAUAAUUUUGCUACUACUUUACAGGGAGUGGUUGAGAAAAAUGGCUGUUUGUCACAGAGUAGCAGCUGGGUGAAUUUACAGAUCUUAUCAGGAAACUGUCUACAGCUGUCCCACAUGCCAUGUGCAGGAAAACUAUUGCUGUUCUAUUGAAUCACACUCAUUUGUUCAGGCAUAUAAUGUCAAAUAAAGAUAGGUGAAUGUUACAGGGCCACUGGUACAAUAGGUGUCCUGUGACAAUUUCUCACAGGUUGUUAAAAACCAGGGAACUUUGCAAUAGAUUAAACUGAAAACAAUUUUAAUCUGUUGUCUUUAUGAUAACAAGCAUUCAGAAUUUUAAAGUCCCACAUCCUAACAUUAUUCUUUACCAUAUGAUUUUCAACUCACUUUUAAUUUAGGUAAAAUUAAUAUUAAAAUAAAAAUUAUUCAAUGAAUAAUUGUAUAGCAAAAUUAAGAAUAAUUACAUUAACUAAUUCUGCCCAAGCACAUUAGACAGAACCUUACAAUCCUCAAUUCUGGAGAAGUUUUUGAUCUCUACCUGAGUUACAAUUUAUUUUUGGCUGGACCACAACAGCGGGGCCAGCCCUACAAACAUGAAUGUCUGUGACUGAGUGAGUGACUGAGUGAUGAAGUUACACCAUUGGUCGGCCGGUCAAGCCAUAGACUACGUUUUGACCUGGUCUUGUUUUUUAUUUUUGGAUUUUGGGCCAGUGGCAGGAGAAGCCAGUUCCUUUACAACUAUAAUUUUUAAAUUCUGUUUAUGGCAAAAAGGUAAUUAGUAAAAAGUAAUUAGUCUUGUUCUCCAUGUAAUGGAAUCUGAGCCCCGCAGCUUUUAGUUACUGGGGAUUAGUCAUGUGCUCUUGGAGGAAGUGAGCUCGUAUAACCUCUGACCUUUAACAGCUCUUUGCUUUUUGUGAGUAUCAUGCAUCCCACCCACUCUUGUUAUUAUUAUUAUUAUUAUUAUCAUUAUUAUUAUUAUUGCCCAGGCUCAAGCACCAGUAAUGCUGAUUGUAUAUUCCCACUGAUGAGAUGAUGAUGAUGAUGAUGAUAAUAAUAGGCCAGUAAGUGUUAGAAGGUAAGAUGAAUCACUUUCCUGUGUGGUCACAUCCUUUUUGCCAGCAGUGUCUGCACAUUAAUUGCAAUUGUCAUUGUGAGAUUCUGCAGUAUGUUUACUGCAUACUGUACAUCUUUAUUGGGAGUCAGUUUCAAUGAGGUUUAAAUGGGAGCCAUACAUGUAUUACAGUUUUAAUGGGUUAUUGACAUGUGUUCACACAACUUUUUCUGUCCUCUCCACAUGCAUGCACACACACACACACAAACAUACAUGCACAUGAGACGUGUGUACUCUUGUGAGUGAAUGUGACCUAAUGCACUGUGAGCACGAAAUGAUGUGGGAUUAUCCAUCAGAACAAUAAAUGAACAAGAAUAUAGAAUAUAGUUACUAUGAGACUAAAGAUAUGUGUAUAACUUAUAUGAAUGUAUUGUCUUGCUAUCAGUGUAUCUUACCAAUGCAUUUUACUGUAAAGCAAUAAACAGAAAGAAAAUAUAUAACAAAGAAUUUCUGUAAUGAAGAUCAUUAUAUAAAUCAUGAAAUAAAUAUUGUAUGUAAAACAUGAA